CCACUGCCUUGAUGUGAAGUCAGCAACAUGGUGCAGGAACAAAAACAAACAUGAGGCAGAGUAUGGUAUAGGCCAGUGGAGCAUCAUAGCCUAUAAAUAUUGUUACUUGUUUUAUUUUUAAUAACCAAUCUUCUCAUGGAUUUGUAUGAAAACACAUUUAUUUUGUUUUGUUAACCAAGACAGGACUUGGUGUCUAAUUUUCAAAGAGAGAGGAGAAUUCUAUGUUUUCAUUUUGACAGGAAGUCAAUCUAGUGCACAGAGUCUGUGCACAAAAUGGAGCAAAAUGUUGCUGAUUUACUUACAGAUGCAUUUUCAGAUGUGGAGAUAGACUUUGAGCAUCUUAACUUUGAAGACUAUGCGGAACAGUCAUCUCUCGCUGGUAGAGCCCGAGAAACAGAGAAGAGAGAUAACACCCAGGAACCGACAGGGGCACGCAGACAGAGCUCGCUGCAGAGCUCAGAGGAGAACCACAACAUGCACAAAAACUCAACAGGAAAGGAGACGUAUGCGCAAGACACUGCCAGUGAGAUCGAAGUGGAGCUCAGUCAUCUGGAGGAUAUAGAAAUGGCAGACAGGAAGAAGUACAUGUAUGAUUCCUGUGAUAUUUGGCAAGAUGAUGAAGAUGAAACAAGACACUGGACUGAGAGGUCAUUUCCUUUUGGAGGAGAUCAAACAGGAGUUGACCAGUCAAAUGCAGGGGGAUCAGACAGAUGUGGUAAUGUUCAAAACGAGGAGGGUGAAGAUGGUGUGCCAUUUCUACAACUAUGUAACCCUCAAAGUGUUGAUGACACAUGCAGUUAUUCAGACUCCAAUUCAGGAAGUGAGGAUGCAGAAGCUACAAAACAACAUUUGUCGGUGGACAGAGAGGCAAUGAAUGAACUGUCAUGCGUGUGUGCAUCUGAGAACACUGCUGGCUUAACUAUUUUAAGCUCACUGCCAACUGCACAGGGUGCACAGGCGGAGGGAGGGGACUUGAGGGAGUUUUCUGAGGAGGACCAAGCUUGUGUUGGUGAAGACUUUGCGGAAUACCCAACAGAACUGACAAACAACGAUGAUGACGAUGAUGAUGAUGAUGAUGAUGUUGAUGUUGAGGGUGAUGACGAAGAAGAGGAAGAUGACAAUGAAGAUGAAAGGAAAGUGAAAAGUGAUGCCAAAGCACCUGUGAGCAGAAUUGGGGCUGACAACACACAAGAGGGGGAGUAUAUACGAGAAGAAGAAGAGGAAGAUGAUGAUGAAGGUGAAGAACAGGAACAAGAGCAAGAAGAGGAAGAAAAGGUUGCUGUUGAGGUUGUUGUUGAUGAUGAUAUAGUGGAACAUGGACCCAUGCAUGCCAAACCUCAUGACUCCACAAACACUUACAGCAGCGAUGAGAGAGUUAGGGAAAGGCAGCCUACAACGACCUCCCAAACCAUGAGCAAGGACGAUUCAGGUCCCCAGAAUGAAGAUGAGUCUGAAAGUCCCAGCAUGCAGCAACAUCGACAUAAUGACAAACUCUCCCAAAUUCAGGAUGUCUUCACUAAUGAAGAUGCUACAAUACAGCGAGGUAGAGCUAAAAAAGAAAUUAUAGCCCAAGGAAUUGAAGAAGAGGAGAGACAUGGAGAGGGGCAGAAUGUUGUCAAACAGGAUACUGGAGUCGACGAACUUCCAUUUGACAGUGAAAAUGAAUUCCCUGUGUACUCACAUGAUGUUGACACUUGGGGAGGUUGGAGAGAAGAGUUGAACAGAUACAUGCCCAGCACAGAGCUAAACUUAGAUGUCAACUGUGUUGCUGUAGCCAGAGAAGAUGAAAGCCGUCUCUUGGGAAGGAUAGAUACCAUCACACCAGAGAGAGCAUGGCCAUCUGAAACACUGUGGGACAAGACCAGCCAACAACAACCCCUCAGGAAUCCAUCAGCAACUUUGGGACAGGAAUUUGUUGUGGUUGAGGAUGUGACGUCAGACCAUGACUUUUUCUUUCACACCAGCUUGGAACAGGACAGUCAUGUCACUGACUGGAGUUUGGGUGGAUGCCUGCUGGACGAAGAUACUACACAGGAAAGCAUGGAGGACAACACAAGUGACACAUUUGGAGAGGAAGAGAGGAGCUGGGAUCAAGAGAGGGAAAGAAUUGAGGCUUUCAACAGGUUUUACAAUGAUUCAGAGGAGAGCAGUAUUGAAGGCAUAGGAGAAAGAACACAUAAAGUACACUUCUGUUUGGAGCCCCAAAUAGCUGAAGUUCUGGACUCAGAAUCAGAGUUUAGUGACAUAGAAGCUGACGAAGACUCCGAGGAGGAUUCAGACACAGAAGACAUAAACGAUGAGGAGCAGAGUGACACUGAGGAACCACAAGUUAAUGCGUUCCCUUGCCAUGAUCGUGAAGAACCGUCAGAGAACGAGUUCCCUCCUCAGGAUCAGGAAGAACCGUCAGAGAACGAGUUCCUUCCUCAGGAUCAGGAAGAACCAUCAGAGAACGAGUUCCCACCUCAGGAUCAAAAAGAACCAUCAGAGAAUGUGUUCCCUCCUCAGGAUCAGGAAGAACAGACAGAGAAUGCUUUCCCUCCUAAAGAUCAAGAUGUGAAGUUUGAAGAGGGACAGCCCAUUUCUGACAAUCCAACAAUUGGUCAACUGAUGAAAAAAGUGAUAACUGAUCAACCCAUGGAAAAACAGCUGACUGAUCAACCAGUGGAGGAAGAGGGCAUAACUCUGCAGACAUCAGACAAGCAGAUAGUUACCCUGUGUCCAACCACAUCUAAGAGGCAAAAGUGUCUUAGAAUACUGAAGUCUACACUCAGGAUGUGUGCGAUCAUUGGAACUGGACUGCUGACUUUCUGGUGGGCUACAGACCAUUUGGACUGGACAAUGUGGUAGUUGCAAACUAGGAGCCAUAACAAGCAUAAUAGAAUGCUCUCUAUAUAUUUUUGUAAUUUGUUUUCUAGCCUAUACCUUAAUGUGGCCUCCAAAUAAGAUGGAUGGCAUAAACAAGUGUAUUUUAUCUUAUUUCAUCUUGAGCAAUAAAAAAGUAAUAAAGUUUGCUUUAUAAAUAAA